AUGGGGACAAUGAAUGAACUUUAUUCAAUGCUUUACAAAGAAGCUGAAAAGAUAAAGAGAUGGAAAGUCAAUAUAGAAUAUGAACUAAAGGAAAAGGAAAGACAAUUGCAAGAAAAUAGAAAAAUCACAGAAGCACUGCGUAAAGCCAUUCAAGAAUUACAGGCAACACAACCUCCACACAAGGACAUCACUGGUUCUCGAAGUGGCGCAAACACAGUGCUAUUUCAAAGUACUGCUGCAGCAAAGGGCAGUGACCAGGCAGGAGUGCCAAGCAUGGCUGUCUCCACAGUUGCUGCUACUGGAGGUGGUGAACAUGAACAAGAAGAGACCAAACGGAUGUAUGUAGAUCUUAACAAUAACAUUGAGGUGUCAACAUUGAUAAAGCAAAAUGGUGAACAAAAUACUAAAAUAGAACACAUAAACAUGCAGCUACAGGAAUCAAGAGAGUUAAUUGCUGAGUCAGAAGAAAUAAGAAAACAUCAAGAUGAAAGCCUACAAAAUGCAGAAAGCAAACAUCAGAGCUUCUUGAAAGAAAUGGAAGAAAUGAAAAGUUCUUUGCAAAUGGCAGAGAAUACUUGUAAGUGUUUAGAAACUGAGUUGCAAACUGCAGAGAAAACUCUAAUGCAAGUCACAGAACAAAAGGAAAUGGCAGUAGAAGAGCUUAAAGAACUUAAAGAAACUAUAGUUCAACAUGGAUCAGUUAUUGAUGAACUCCAAAGUAAAAUUUCUAAUUUGAAAGAGCUACUAGAGAAAGAAGAAAGGAGACAAAAGGAAUUAAGGGAUGAGUCAAAUAUAUUGGUUUUGGAGCUCCAAAAGAAAUCAGCUGAACUUGAAAUUAUGGCUAAACUGAAAAAUGAUAAAGAAAAACAAGCUGAAGAAAUAGCAAGAGCCUUGAUUAACAGUCUAAAGAAGCAGAUUGAAACAAAAACAAAGAAUAUUGAUGAAAUACAGCAAGAAAAUAAGGUUUUGAGAAAGAAAGUUGCAGCAGAAAGCAAGCAAGCAAGCAUUAAUGAAGGAAAGGUGAAUAAAUUGCAGUUAGAGAUGGAAAAUAUGAAUAAACUACACAAAGAAACAGUUGACACCUAUAAAAAUGAAACUGAGACGGCUAAGACAGCUGAAAAAGAACUUCUGAAAGAGCUAGAAACAAUGAAAUCUAUAGCUGAUGAAGCAGCAGCAACACAGAAAGAAAUAGAUGUUCGAUGUCAGCACAAAAUUACUGAAAUGGUAGCACUUAUGGAAAAACAUAAGCACCAGUAUGAUAAAACAGUUGAAGAAAAAGAUGCAGAAUUGGAAAACUAUAAGACAAAAGAACAAGAACUAACAUCAAUUAUAGGAUCUUUGGAAAGGGAACUUUCUUGUAAAAAAAGUGAAAUUUCAUCCCUUCAGGAACACCUUAAAGCCGAAAUAAAUGAGAAGAAAACGCAAACAUCCUUUUUGGAAACACCUAAAGCCAGUAGCUUAGAUUCUCUAUCAGUUAAUUCCAAAAAGAACACGUCUCAGAUUUUUGCACCUGUUAAUGCGAACAAGCAGGAAUACACAGCAGAGUCCUGGGCACCUGCCAAGACUUAUAUUGUGAAAACACCUCCAAAUUCUAAUAUGCUAAGAGAAAGCACAAAUCUACGCUCAGAAGAUGGAAGAAAGAAAAAGAGAAAACUUACCUUAGAAAUGGGUACUCUAUCGGAUAGCUCCGAAAACAAUGAUCUUCUGAGUAUCGUGUCAGAAGAAGAAAUGUGUAAACAGCUAUAUAAGGAUUAUCCACAAACAUCUUUCCUAAAUGUCAUGACACCUAAAAAGAUCCAAACUCCACCCACUCUGAAAAUUCCUGAAUCCUCAGUGAAACUUGGAGCGAUACGAAAGAUGCGAGAGGCUGGAUGGACUGCAGUGUCCAAAAUUGACAGAAGAAGAAAAAUGAAAGAAGCUGGAAAACUGUUUACAUAA